AGGGACUACAAAUCCCAGCACAACCUGCGCUCCGUCUUUCUAACUUAGGCUCCAGUGUGCCGCGCAGUGUGCGCAAAUUUGGAAUCCCUCUGUAGGGUUCGUUUCUGAAUCCCGUUACUUGAAAUCCGGCGGGAAGGUCCUUAUUCUCCCUGGAGACAUGACAGCCCACCGACAGUUAACUUCUGUUUACAUGGAACUCAGAAGUCUGCAAACCAUGAUCUCAAGACCAGAGAAUGGCAGGUGAACAGAAACCCUCAAGCAACCUCCUGGAGCAGUUUAUUUUAUUAGCCAAAGGUACCAGUGGCUCAGCCCUCACCACUCUCAUAAGUCAGGUGCUGGAGGCUCCUGGAGUAUAUGUGUUUGGAGAACUGCUGGAGUUGGCCAAUGUUCAGGAGCUUGCAGAAGGAGCUAAUGCUGCAUAUUUGCAGUUGCUGAACCUGUUUGCCUAUGGAACAUACCCAGAUUACAUAGCCAACAAGGAGAGCCUGCCAGAACUGAGCGCAGCUCAGCAGAACAAGUUGAAACAUCUUACCAUCGUGAGUUUGGCAUCAAGGAUGAAGUGUAUCCCCUACUCUGUGCUGCUGAAGGACCUGGAGAUGAGGAAUCUUCGGGAGCUAGAAGACCUUAUCAUUGAGGCUGUCUAUACUGACAUCAUCCAGGGCAAGUUGGACCAGCGAAACCAGCUGCUGGAAGUGGAUUUCUGCAUUGGCCGUGACAUCCGAAAGAAAGAUAUCAAUAAUAUUGUCAAGACCUUGCAUGAGUGGUGUGAUGGCUGUGAGGCAGUUCUGUUGGGCAUUGAACAGCAAGUUCUGAGAGCCAACCAGUACAAAGAAAACCACCACCGGACUCAGCAGCAGGUGGAGGCAGAGGUUAGCAACAUCAAGAAGACACUCAAAGCAACAGCAUCCUCCUCAGCUCAGGAAAUGGAACAACAGCUGGCUGAGCGAGAGUGCCCCCCUCAUACUGAGCAGAGGCAGCCCACUAAGAAGAUGUCCAAAGUGAAAGGUCUGGUCUCCAGCCGCCACUAGGGCUGGCUGGGGCAGCUGGUACUCACCAGGCCUGGGUCAGGUGGGGAGGGGAUACCCAGGGCCUAUUCCUCCUCUCUCUACCUGCAGUGAGUUCCAGACCUGCCCACCCCUCACCAGUACCUCCCCAUCCAUUGGUACCAUUGUGGAAAACGAGUGCUCCUCCUUCACCUCCUUCCCUAGUUGUCCCCUUCAGACUCAGGGGCUCAAUGGAUGCCAUGCUACCAGGGUCCGACACUGCCCAGCUUCCCUCCAGGGUUCCUUGUCUCUGUGUAUGGGCUGCCUCCCUCCCAGUCGUUCUUUUGCUCCGUGUCAUUUUGUCAGGCUGGUUCUAAGCUGGAGGCAGUUUACCCAGCCCUGAGGGAUGACUCUGAGUGAAGAGGUGGCCUUGCUUCCCCAGCCCCAUGUGCCACGGUACCCACAAAGGUGCAAGUGUCUCUAGUCAGGUAGCCACGUUGUUCCCUCUCCGGCCUUACCCCUGUUGGCAGUGCUAGUUCAGGCUGUGGAGAGAUGUGGUGCUGGGCUCUGUUUACUAAACCUUUGGGUUUUCAGCCUCUUAAGCCCAGCCAGGAUCUCUCACCAAGUUGGGAGCACUGGGCUGACUCACCUCUGGUGUCUGAGUAUGAGUAGAGGUUGCGUGGGGUCCAUGGGCGGCAGAAGGUGUUUCUCCUGGCCUGGUGUCCUCUGCUGGCCACUCCUUCUGCUGUCUUUGACUGCUCAACCUUGAUUUGGCACUUAGACCCAGUUGCCCACUGGGAUUAUCUGCCAACAUUUGCUCUCCUGAGAUCUGUCAUGCCUCCGGCUGCCCCUGGGGUAGGAAUGGUGAUGCCGAGGACCCUCAGACUGGUGAAGGACCAUUGCUGCUUUUCUCUCUCCUUCCUGCCCCUCCCUGGCUGGUGACCCAGAGCCCUCUGAUGACAUCAUACUCCUGGCCAGACAAAAGGACUUGACUAGACUUUCUGAACUUGAACAGUUUCAGGUUAUAUUUUAAUUUUUUUUUUGUACAGGUUGAUUCUAAUACAUUUCAACAUGCUUUUUUCUCCUUUUGUGUCAAUGAUUGUUAUAGUCUAAUCGCCGGGAAUUUCUCACCUGGUCGGAGGGAGGGAGGCAGUGUGUGUGAGUGUGUGUGUGUGUGUGUGUGUGUGUGUGUGUGUGUGUGUAUGUAUGUAUGUAUGUAUGUUUUGUUUUUCUAAGGAGAAGUGUGUGUGUGUGUGUGUGUGUGUGUGUGUGUGUGUGUGUGUGUAUGUAUGUAUGUAUGUAUGUAUGUAUGUAUGUUGUUUUCCUAAGGGGAGGUGGAGGCCCUGAACUGAUGAAAACUUCAUUGAAGAAAAAGCACAUUUUAGAAAAAAAGAACAGAAGUGUAGAUUUGGCAUAUGUGACUGUGCAUUAUGGGGUUGUACCGGUGGGUUUGGAGAGCAGUAAUUUGGGUGGUUUAGAGAAUGUGACUCUGUUUUAGUAGCAUAGUUAAAAAGUGGGUUGAUGCAGUGUUAAAAGUAUUGUUUUCCUUUUAUGUUGGUCCAUUUGCUGAUAUAACACUAUGCCUAACCAAAAGUUAAGUUUGAUUCCUAAAGUGUGUCUGAUGAAUCCCCAGAUCACAUCUCUAUGGAAGAGGGGUCCUGUUAUUAAAUAAAUGUGGCACUCCCUGAA